UUGUUAUUCCGUGCAACAAGAUGGCUGUCGUUCCCGAGAACAGAGUCCUCUCCUUCGGCGUUUUUAAAUGGAGCUCCUACUCCUCCACCUAUCUACCCGAAAACAUCUUGGUCGAUAAACCUAAUGACCAGUCCUCCAGAUGGUCUUCUGAGAGCAACUACCCACCACAGUACUUAAUAUUGAAAUUGGAAAGGCCGGCCAUUGUUCAGAGCAUCACCUUUGGGAAGUACGAGAAGACUCAUGUUUGCAACCUGAAGAAGUUCAAAGUGUUCGGUGGGAUGAGUGAAGAGAACAUGACAGAACUUCUUUCCAGUGGCCUUAAGAAUGACUACAACAAGGAAACCUUUACCUUAAAGCACAAGAUCGAUGAGCAGAUGUUUCCCUGCAGAUUUGUCAAAAUAGUGCCUCUGAUGUCCUGGGGGCCAAGUUUUAACUUCAGCAUCUGGUACAUUGAGUUGCAUGGCAUUGAGGAUCCAGAUGUGGUUCAGCCCUGCCUUAACUGGUACAGCAAGUACAGGGAACAGGAAGCCAUCCGCCUUUGCCUCAAGCACUUCCGGCAGCACAACUACACGGAGGCCUUCGAGUCACUGCAGAAGAAGACAAGGAUAGCACUGGAGCACCCCAUGCUCACACACCUCCAUGACCGCCUGGUGCUGCGAGGGGACUUUGAUGCCUGUGAGGAGCUCAUCGACAAAGCUGUCGGAGACGGUUUGUUUAACCAGUACAUCAGUCAGCAGGAGUACAAGCCCCGGUGGAGCCAGAUCAUCCCCAAAUGCCACAAAGGCAUUGCCACCCAGGAAGCUAACCGAGACGACAUCAACAGUGAUGGUGAUGACAACAGGCCCGGGAUGAGGGGAGGACACCAGAUGGUCAUAGACGUCCAGACAGAGACGGUGUACCUGUUUGGGGGCUGGGACGGCACACAGGACCUGGCUGACUUCUGGGCCUACAGUGUUCAGGAGAACCAGUGGGCCUGCAUUUCCCGUGACACUGAGAAAGAGAGUGGGCCGAGCGCGCGAUCCUGCCACAAGAUGUGCAUCGACUCCCAGCGACGGCAGAUCUACACGCUGGGCCGGUACCUGGACUCCAGUGUCAGGAACAGCAAAUCCCUCAAGAGCGACUUCUACCGCUACGAUAUCGACGCCAACAGCUGGACGCUGCUCAGUGAAGACACGUCCGCCGAUGGAGGCCCCAAGCUGGUGUUUGACCACCAGAUGUGCAUGGACUCGGAAAAGCACAUGAUCUACACCUUCGGUGGUCGGAUCCUGACCUGCAACAGCAGCGUGGAGGACAGCCGGACGUCAGAGCCCCAGUUCAGCGGCCUUUACGCCUACCACUGCCAAGCCGGCACGUGGAGCCUCCUCCGGGAAGACUCCUGCAAUGCCGGGCCGGAGGACGUCCAGUCCCGUAUUGGACAUUGCAUGCUGUUCCACACUAGGAACCGCUGUCUAUAUGUAUUUGGGGGUCAGAGGUCCAAAACGUAUCUGAAUGAUUUCUUCAGCUAUGAUGUGGACAGAGACCACGUAGAGAUAAUAUCAGACGGGACCAAGAAGGAUUCGGGCAUGGUCCCGAUGACGGGCUUCACCCAGAGGGCCACCAUCGACCCUGAGCUGAACGAGAUCCACGUCCUGUCGGGCCUCAGCAAGGACAAGGACAAACGGGAGGAGAACGUCCGCAACUCCUUCUGGAUCUACGACAUUGCCCGCAACAACUGGUCAUGUGUAUAUAAGAAUGACCAGGCAGUGAAGGAGAACCCUGGUAAGGCGCUGCAGGAGGAGGAACCCUGUCCACGCUUCGCACACCAGUUGGUCUAUGAUGAGAUGCACAAGGUGCACUACCUGUUUGGCGGCAACCCAGGGAAGUCUUGCUCCCCUAAGAUGCGUCUGGAUGAUUUCUGGUCUCUGAAGCUGUGUCGGCCCUCCAAGGAGUACCUGCUGCGGCACUGCCGGUACCUCAUCAGGAAGUACAGGUUUGAGGAGAAGGCUCAGUCGGAACCGCUGAGCGCCCUUAAGUACCUGCAGAAUGACCUGUCAUUGACCGUGGACCACACCGACCCGGAUGAGACAAAAGAGUUCCAGCUUCUGCCCUCGGCGCUCUUCAAGUCCAGCUCUGACUUCAUCCCUCUGGGUUUCUCAGACGUGGACCAGACGUACGCCCAGCGCACGCAGCUCUUCGACACGCUGGUCAACUUCUUCCCGGACAGCAUGACUCCUCCUAAGGGGAACCUGGUGGACCUCAUCACCCUGUAGCUCUGCCUCCUCUGCACACCCCACCAUACAACCAUACAACCCCCCCCCCGCCCCCCAACCCUAAAGGUCCCCGGCAUGUCUCCCCCGGAUGGAUGGACGGAAGAAGGGAGGGGGAGGGGUUAUUUUUCCAAAUGUGAGGCCCAUCUCACUCAGCCGUGACCCCCGCCCCCCAUACACGCAUACUCGCACACAACUUCCACUCACUUCCUAUCGGACAAGGUCACAGCACUGAACCACACUGGCCAACAAGGGCCCUGAUCAGGGCCCAGGGGUUCAUAUUUUGGGGCGGGGGGGCGAGAGUGAGGUUAAAUUUGAUGUUGUCUUGAGGCCUGAUAUCCCUUUAUACUUUCCCACAAAGGCAACCCCCCCCCCCUCAACGUGGCCCUCGGAAAAAGAAAAAAAGUAACAAAAACUGCCAAAUGAGGGUUUUUCAGUUCAUUUAAUUCCUUAUUUUCCUGAUGGUUUACGGCAGGAGAGCAUUUGCACGCCAAAGUCGUCCGCACUUAUUUAAUUCUUCACUCUUUUUUUUUUAAUUUCUUUUUUUUUUUUAAAGUCUUUAUUUUGAACAUUAAACUUUCUUUAACAGACAGAAAAACAAUGUCGUACAUUAGCAACAACACGCGCCUGUGCUCAAAGCGCGGCCAGGCGAUGCCCGUUCAGGUUCGAGUGAGCUGACGUUAGGUUGAAACAGGGUCCGUAUCAGCAGUUUACAAAGUCGGGUUCGGAAAGUCCACCCUCCUCAACCGGCCAGCGCCACCGCAAAGUGGGGAUCCGUUUCAUUCCACCUUCACACCAUCUGUGAAUCAACCCGAGAGAGAGAGCUGGAUCAGCCGGUUCUGUCUCCUAGUCUACAGUCAGUUGGUCAACUGCUCAGACAACAAGCCGUUCCCACAACCAGAACUCUUACAUCUUCAUGGACGGGCUUUCAUGUAGGCAACAUGUAAAAAAGGUGUUUUGGCCUAACGUGUAUUGGUUCGGGGGCCGGGACCGUGACGCGUGUGCCGCUGCCCUACGCGAUUUCGUUGGUUUUGCUUGAUUCACCCGCAACAUAAGCCUGAAUCUAAAAUAAUGGCCCCGUUGUCCCGCGCGGAGUCAGCAAUUUUAAUAGUGUUUGUAGAAUCAAUAGUGGAAUGAUCCUAAGCUAUAAAGUUUAAUAUAUAUCUAUAUCCAUAUAUAUAUUGAUGUGUGUGAUUUGAGCCCGCCGGUGCCAGUGAUUCAGUUUUAAUGACAUUUUCAUUGGGGGGAAAAGUUGGUCUGCCACUUAUGAUUCGU